UACCCUCCUCGUUCCUCACAUGCCCAGUUUAAUAAUUGGGUCAAGCGGUCCUUGUCAGUAAUUUAAUCCCGUCGUCGUCACCGUGUCUUCUAAUCUUCCUCGAUAUCGCUGCAUUCCCUUCUCUGCUAUGCUAUGCUGCGCAGACAUCAUAUUCUCUGCUUUAUCUUCCGACCUUCGAUCCUCUACGAGUUGUAACUUGUAAUUUGUCUUUCAACUCGAGAUCUUGAAUGCUGAUGAUUCUAUUCUGAUCCUUCGAUCUGGAGUGUUGAUUGGAUGGCGGCGGGGGCAAUGGCGACAGCCGCUGGGGCAGCUGUUAUUCUGUACUAUGUCUUGAGCAGGAGAUUGGGGGCGAACGGUGAGGGUGUUGAUGUGAGUGGAGAUUUGUCGAAAUCGAGUAGAUCGGGCAGGAGAAGGAUCGCUCGGAGACCGGCACAAGCUCCGGCGACCUGGUUCGAGACAUUAACUACGCUAUCGGAGACGCUUAGGUUUACGUAUAGUGAGACUUUAGGAAAAUGGCCUAUCGGUGAUUUGGCCUUCGGGAUCAAUUACCUCAUGAGGAGGCAGCAGGGUAACCUACAUGUUGCAAGUGUGUACGCCGGAGAGAAUUGUAUGCAGCUGAAAGGCCCUGAAAUCAUAGCUGAGUUGAAAAAUCUCUUGAGAUUAUUGACCCUUUCCAUGCUUUUCUCUAAGAAGCCGUUUCCAGUCUUUUUAGAGUCUGCUGGUUAUUCUCAAGAAGAUGUCCUUCUGCAGAAGCCCAAGGCAGGACUUCUGAAGCCCGCGUUAACAAUUAUACGAGAUAAGCAUACAAAAUGUUUCCUUCUGUUGAUUCGUGGUACUCAUAGCAUCAAAGAUACACUAACAGCGGCAACUGGUGCAGUGGUCCCUUUUCACCAUUUGGCUUUACAUGAUGGUGGGAUCAGCAAUUUAGUUUUGGGAUAUGCGCACUGUGGGAUGGUUGCUGCAGCUCGUUGGAUUGCAAAACUCAGCACUCCUUGCUUGCUCAAAGCUCUUAGUGAGUAUCCUGACUACGACAUUAAGAUUGUUGGCCAUUCACUUGGUGGUGGUACUGCUGCACUACUAACAUACAUUCUUCGAGAACAGAAAGAGUUCUCAUCUUGCUCCUGUGUGACAUUUGCACCAGCUGCCUGUAUGACGUGGGAAUUAGCUGAAUCUGGCAAGCAUUUCGUCACUACUGUCAUUAAUGGGUCUGAUCUGGUACCAACAUUCUCCACUGCUUCCAUAGAUGAUCUUCGCUUUGAGGUCACAGAAUCAUCCUGGUUAAAUGAUUUGCGAGAUCAGGUUGAACAUACGAGGGUCCUGAAUGUUGUUUAUCGCUCUGCAACUGCUUUGGGAUCUCGUUUACCUUCUAUAGCUAGUGCAAAAGCUAGGGUUGCAGGAGCAGGUGCUCUUUUGCGGCCUGUCUCCAGCGGCACUCAAGUUGUGAUGAGGCGCGCACAAAAUGUUGCUCAAGCUGUUGUCAAAACGCGACCAUUGCUGGUCUCGUGGUCUUGCAUGGGUGCUCGUCGUCGUACUGUGGGUCAGCAGUUAAACUCAAAAGUAGAAGAUUCGCCCGAUACUCCCAUUUUAUCUGAAAGGACUGAAGCUAUUGUAGCCGAAGUAGUAACAAAAGAGACUGUUCAAGCCAAAGUGGAAUAUGAUUGUUCAAAUUAUGGAUCAGGAAAUGAAGAUACAGAUGAAGAGGAGGCUCUAAUUUCCGUAGAUAGAGUCAGUUCCGAGUCCCCAAUGGAAGAUAUUACUGAAGGUGAACUGUGGUAUGAACUGGAGAAGGAGCUUCAGAGGCAUGAUGAUGAAGUUGACGUUCAAGCCAAGGAGGAAGAAGAAGCUGUGGCUAAAGAAAUUACUGAAGAAGAGGAGAAGGUCCUGGCAGAUACUUCAGAGAGCAGAACUCCAACCUCAUCGUCAGAUUCAGAAGGUCAGCGCUUUUAUCCCCCUGGCAAAAUCAUGCAUGUUGUUUCCAUGCCCGUUUCUGAUAGUGAAAAUUUAGAUGAUGAUGGUUCCACUGUGGAACGCAUUGCUAUAUAUCAGACUCCUAGAGAACUUUACAGUAAGAUUCGACUUUCAAAAACGAUGAUUAAGGAUCAUUAUAUGCCUAUGUAUAAGAAGAUGAUGGAAUUGUUAAUUGGGGAACUGGAAAAUGAUGUAGCCUUUGAUAAUGAAAUGAUACAAGAAUGAAUAGUAUAUGAUUGGUUAACGGUUUGAUAUAUGUGCUGAUUUAUGUA